CCCCGGGAAGAGCUCACCACUUUCCGGACCUCCCAUUUUGUUUUUAUUCAACAUGCACCUGGUCAUUUACACCCCAAACCUUUUCUUCCGCAUCUGAGCUACACUAUAUAGCUUCCUCGUCCGCAAUCCUCUCUAACGACUGCAUCGGACCUCCCAAUUCCCCGCAUCCCCAACGACAAACCCGAGUACAACACCAUGGCCCCGACCGAGAUUCCACCACCCCUCCCGGGUAAGAAGCGCCGCAUUGGUGUCAUGACCAGCGGAGGGGACGCCCCCGGCAUGAACGGAGCUGUGCGAGCCGUUGUCCGCAUGUCAAUUGCCCAGAACUGCGAGGCCUACGUUAUCCUCGAGGGCUAUGAAGGCCUGGUACAAGGAGGGGAUAUGAUCAAGGAGAUGGGAUGGGAAGACGUCCGGGGCUUCCUCUCUGAGGGCGGAACACUGAUCGGCACGGCACGGUGCAAGUCCUUCAUGGAGAGGCCCGGACGCCUGGCCGCGGCGAAGAACAUGGUCUUGAAGGGCAUCGAUGCUCUCAUUAUCUGCGGAGGAGACGGUAGUUUGACCGGUGCGGACAAGUUUAGGGGGGAAUGGCCUGGCCUUGUCGCAGAGCUGGUGGAGAAGGGCGAGUUGACCGCCGAGCAGGUCGAGCCUUUCAAGCAUCUGAACAUUGUUGGGCUGGUCGGCUCUAUUGACAACGACCUGUCCAUGACGGACGCGACUAUUGGCUGCUACUCUUCUCUGGGGCGAAUAUGCGAGUCGGUGGAUUACAUUGACGCCACGGCCUUUUCACAUCAGCGAGCCUUCGUCAUUGAAGUCAUGGGAAGGCAUUGCGGCUGGCUUGCUCUCAUGGCAGGUGUCAGUACUGGUGCUGAUUUUGUGUUCAUUCCGGAAAACCCUCCCUCAGAUGACUGGGAGAAGGAGAUGUGCCACAUCAUCAAGCAGCACCGAGACAUGGGCAAGAGAAAGACCAUCGUAAUCGUUGCCGAGGGUGCUAUAGACCGAAAUCUAAACAAGAUCACACCGUCGAUGGUCAAAGAUCUCCUUACCAAUCAAUUGGGCUUGGACACUCGGAUCACCACUUUGGGCCACGUCCAGCGAGGAGGUACUGCAUGCGCGUAUGACCGCAUGCUGUCCACUCUACAAGGCGCUGAAGCUGUGAAGGCGGUAUUGGAGGCCACCCCGGAGACACCAAGUCCAGUCAUAUGCAUGAUUGAGAACAAGAUUGUGCGAAGGCCGCUACUGGAGGCUGUGAAGCAGACCCACGAAGUGGCAGAGGCUAUUGGAGCCAAGGACUUCGAUCGAGCUAUGAGUCUACGAGACGCAGAGUUUGCCGAAUACUACCAGGCUUAUAACAUAACCACCUCGUCAGAUCAACCCAAAUUGCGCCUCCCGGAGAAUCAGCGAAUACGGGUUGGUAUCAUUCACGUCGGUGCGCCAGCCGGAGGUAUGAACGCUGCAACUCGAGCCGCCGUAGCGUACUGCUUGGCUCGAGGCCACACACCAGUUGCAAUCCACAAUGGCUUCCCCGGCCUACAAAGGCAUCAUGACGAGGGCGCAAUCAAGGAAAUCAGCUGGCUAGAUGCCGAAAGCUGGGCCAGCAAGGGUGGUUCCGAGAUUGGAACGAAUCGUGGUCUACCGUCUACAGACCUUGAAACGACCGCCAUGUGUUUCGCGAAAUACAACAUCCAAGCGCUCUUCCUCGUUGGUGGAUUCGAAGCCUUCACCGCAGUCAGCGAGCUGAGAAAAGCGAGGGAACAUUACAAUUCUUUCAAGAUCCCAAUGGUCAUUCUCCCUGCCACCGUCAGCAACAACGUCCCAGGCACCGAGUACUCGAUUGGAAGCGAUACCUGCCUGAACUCUUUGAUUCAGUACUGCGAUGCAUGCAGACAAUCCGCAUCAGCUUCCCGACGCCGCGUCUUUAUCAUCGAGACACAAGGCGGCGCAUCUGGCUACAUCGCCAGCAUAGCUGGUCUCUCCAUCGGUGCCCUCGCAGUCUACACGCCCGAGGAAGGCAUCAACAUUAAGAUGCUCGACCGCGACAUCGACCAUCUCCGCGAGACAUUCGCCAGAGACAAGGGCCAGGGCCGUGCCGGAAAGAUCAUCCUCCGCAACGAAAAGGCAUCCAAGACCUACACCACCGAAAUCAUCGCCAACAUGAUCCGCGAGGAAGCCAAGGGCCGCUUCGAGGCGCGUGUUGGUGUGCCCGGCCACUUUCAGCAGGGUACAACACCAUCGCCUAUGGACAGAGUGCGAGCGACGAGAUUCGGCGUCAAGAGUCUACAGCAUAUCGAGCAGUUCAUCGGGAAGAGCAAGGACGAGAUUGCUGCUGAUCCGAUGAGUGCGGCGGUCAUUGGUAUCAAGGGCGCCAAGGUGCUGUUUUCGCCAAUGGAGCAAGUCGAGAGUAAGGAGACUGACUGGAAAGACCGACGACCGAAAGACGAGUUCUGGAUGGAUUUGAAGUCGAUCAUAAACACGCUGAGCGGGAGGCCGCAGGCGCCGAAGGGGGAGGGAGCUUAGAGUGAGCGCUGUAACGAAACGAUGACUGAUCAUAUUCUUUAACGGAUAGGGGGCGUUUAGCAUCUUGUAAGGCUAGUAAAUAUAAGACAACAGUGCUCUUAGUUUUUAUACCUUAUAAAUUUAAGAUGAGGACGCAAUCUGAAAGCUAGCCUCUCAAUUGUCAAGC